AUGGUUAUCGCAGCCGUGGGACAGAUAUGCUCUACAGCCAGUAUGUCGGCGAACCUGGCGCAAUGCCAGGUCCUCGUACAAAAGGCUGUGGCGGCUGGUGCAAAAGCACUGUUUCUUCCCGAAGCUUCGGACUACAUCGGCUCUUCAGCUGCGGAAUCAGUCUCGCUUGCGCGCUCUGUGCAGGAAAGCGAAUUCGUGUUAGGCCUGCAGAAAGAGGCCAAGAAUUCGAAGCUACCCAUCAAUGUUGGAAUACAUGAGCCCGCCCAAGGAGGGACGAAGCUGAAGAACACGCUGAUAUGGAUUGACGAGAAUGGAGAGAUCGUACAGCGUUACCAGAAACUCCACUUAUUUGAUGUUGAAAUUAAAGAUGGACCGAUCUUGAAAGAGAGCGCGAGUGUUGAAAAGGGUUCAGAGAUUCUCCCACCUUUCGAGACUCCGGUAGGAAGAGUAGGCCUUGCCAUCUGCUUCGAUUUGCGCUUUCCUGAGAUCAGCUUGGCCUUGAAGCGUCAAAAUGCGCAAAUCAUCACUUACCCUUCAGCAUUCACUGUCCCAACAGGUACAGCACAUUGGGAAUCACUCCUUCGUGCAAGGGCAAUUGAGACGCAAUCCUAUGUGAUCGCCGCAGCGCAGGCGGGGCCGCAUAACGAGAAACGGAGAAGCUACGGCCAUUCCCUGAUUGUCAAUCCCUGGGGAGAAGUGGUGGCCCGUCUCGGCGAUGAAUUCUCCGAGCCUCAGAUUGCCACGGCUGAUAUCGACCUCAGUCUAGUGGCGAAGGUGAGGGCGGAAAUGCCGCUACUCAGAAGAACCGAUGUAUAUCCCGAAGUAUAG